AUGGAAUCCAACUGUGCAUUAGACAGCGGCGAAUUUAUUCCAGUUAUUCCAAUUUUGCAAAGGAAUAGUUGCGCUGUACCCGUUGAAAUGCUUGCAGCACCCGGAAGAAGAUCUGCAGCGGGCCUGAAUGACCUGAGACCAGCCGAUUUCGUCUGCAGUUGUGAUUUGGGAUUGGAGGGUUUUGCCGAUCUACAGGGACUACAGUGCCCAGAGGAUUUCAUGGCAGAUUUCGGCCAUGCAGUACGGGCAAUGUUGGCAUGGGUGUGGAUGCACACGUCAAUUUUCUGUCGUACAGUGGCUGCCUGGUUUGCGGCUCUUCUUGCCCGGCCGAUGGGAGACAAGCCAGAGAUGGGCGAAGGGGAUGAUCUUAAGGACGAGGCCAACGCAGCUUUUGCUGCUGAGGACUUUGAGCGCGCCGUGAAGCUGUAUUCGCGGGGAAUCGAAAUGGAUGACAGCAACCACAUCUUGUUCUCGAACCGUAGCGCAGCUUACUCGAAGCUCAAGCGCUUUGAGGAAGCGAAAAGGGACGCGGAGCGCUGCGUUGAACUGAAGAGCGACUGGCCCAAAGGCCUCGCAAGGCUGGCGACGGCGCUUUUCGGGAUGCACAGGGUGGGUCACGCCGAGCGAGCCCUGCAUAAGGCACUGGAACUCGACCCCGAAAAUGACUUCCUCAAGUCAUUCUUGAAAGACAUCCUUAGUGCGGAUGGCAACCAGAGCGCCAAAAAGGGAAUGGACGGCAGCGACCGCGGCCUAAGAGAUCUCCAGCAGAGGGCGGGGUACACCCUGGACCCCGGCAAGUGGAAGAAUCAAACCGCCGUGGUGGCGUUCCUCGGAGAUGUGCGGUCCUUCACGGCCAUGUUUCAGCCGGCGGACCUGCUGGCGCGCGAGACGGACCUGCGGAUGCCCAUACUGACGCUCGUGGUGGCGGGGGCCCAGAGGAUGCCGUCGCCCCCACCGCACGUCGACCACAAGGCGGUGGCGCGUCUGCUCAUCGACGCCGGCGCAAGGAUCGACGCCAAAGACGCCGCAGGCUACACGGCCCUGAUGUAUGCAUGCGGCCACAACCCGGCGGUGGCACUUGCGGAGAUACUCCUGGAAGCGGGUGCGGAUCCAAACGUCAAGUCUAGAUACGGAACCGUAGCCCUGCACGACGCGGUCAUGGGGCAGCAGCUGGACGCCGUGAAGCUCCUGCUCAAGCACGGCGCCAGUGUGCGUGCUGCGGACAAUGACGGCGUCACACCACACAAGCUGGCGAGGCACUUCCCGCCAAUAGCAGCAGCAAUGGCCGCUGCGCGAGGGGGCGCAAGCGAUGAGCAGAGAGAGAUAACCAACACGAAGGCGCGUGCAGUCUGCCAAGCCUGCGGCAAAGAGAACGCGCACAAGGCUUGCUCCAAGUGCAGGGUUGUGCACUACUGUUCCAGGCAGUGCCAGACAUUUCACUGGAAGACGCACAAGAAGGAGUGCGGAAAGGCAGCUGCCCAGACGGGCGAGCUGCGCUUCGAGGUCACGUCGCCACCAUGUUCGGCGACUUUCAGCACAGCCAACGUAAGUCGCGCCUUGCAGCACCCCUUGAGGUUAGAUUUGAUCACGAAUUCUUCCAGCGCUCCUCCUUAUGCUGGACGUUCAGAACACGACGAUUGA